AAAUCGUAGAUCACCUGAGCUGCGGAGCGAGCGCAUCACCACGACUAUCAGGUGCUGCGGACUGCGUAAGAUUGAAGCCUGACUGCGAAGCAAUGACUCUAACCAGAAGACCAAGUCCCCGUAACCCGGAUGAGUUUCCCACCGUUCAGCUCUUUCUGCUAGCCAUCGUCCGUCUCGCCGAGCCGAUCGCGCUCACCUCCAUCUUCCCGUAUGCCUGGGCUCUCGUCAAGCGCUUCCAGAUCGGCAGCGAAGAUGACGCCUCGUUCUACGCCGGCCUGCUCAUCUCGGCCUUCUCCCUGGCGGAGGCACUGAUGGGCAUGUACUGGGGCGGCCUGUCCGAUAGGGUUGGCCGCAAACCCGUCCUGCUGCUGGGCUGCGUCGGCACCAUGUUCAGCAUGGUCAUGGUCGGCUUUGCGUCCAACAUCUGGGUGGCGCUGGUCGGACGGGCCCUCGGCGGGCUGCUGAACGGCAACAUCGCGGUGAUCCAGACCAUGGUUGGCGAGCUGGUUACCAAACCAGAGCAUGAGCCUCGUGCAUACUCGAUCAUGCCUUUCGUAUGGAGCGUCGGAACUAUCAUCGGGCCCAUGAUAGGCGGUUUGUUUGCGGACCCGCACGAGUCAUAUCCCGACCUAUUCCCCAAGGGCUCUCUUUUCGAGCGGUUCCCCUACCUCCUGCCGAACCUCAUCUGCGCCGGCAUGCUCUUGGUGAGCAUCCUGCUCGGCUACUUCCUGCUCGAGGAGACGCAUCCCGACAUGCAGCCGCGCGUGCUCCUGCCAGACGACACCUUCCUGUCGGAGAACACCCCGCUCAUCGAGACGUCAGACGCCAUGAAGCGCCCGGCCGUCGACCUCCGCGACGAAAACUACGGCACCAUGCGCUCCCGCGAGGCCCAGCCCUCUUCCUCCCGCGCCGCCAAGGACGCGGCCGAGACGGAGAAGCAGCCCGUCAGCAUCUUCAGCAAGCGCAUCAUGGCCAUCACCCUGUCGCUCUCGAUCUUCACCUACCACUCCAUGACCUACGACCACCUCCUGCCCAUCUUCUUCGAGGACGACCGCGUUCCGAUGCAGGCCCUCGCCCUGACCCGCGGAAACCCCUUCUACUCCCCCGGCGGGCUCGGUCUCUCGCUGCAGUCCGUGGGGAUGAUCAUGGCCGUGCAGGGCGCGAUCGCACUGUUUAUGCAGGCGGUAGUCUUCCCGAUCACGGCUGAGCGCGUCGGCGUGUACCGGCUGUUCCUCUUCAUCACGGUGCUGCACCCGGUCGCCUACAUGAUCGUGCCCUCCCUGCUCUACGUCCCCGACGCGCUGCUGUACCCGGCCAUCUACGCGUGCCUCGCCGUGCGCAACUUCUUCUCCAUCCUGCUCUACCCGCUGCUGCUCAUCCUCAUCAAGGAGGCCACGCCCACGCUGACCGUGCUGGGCAAGGUCAAUGGCCUCGCGGCGAGCGCCGGCGCCGCCUGCCGCAUGGUUGCGCCGCCGGUGGCCGGCUACUUGUAUGCGGUCGGCAAGAAGAUGGACUGCACGGCCCUUGCCUGGUACGGGAGCGCCCUGGUGGCGAUCGUCGGGGCGGUCCAGUGCUUUUCGGUCAAGAGGGGGCCGAGAGACUGCGGGCAGCGGGCUGGUGAUGUCGAGGAGGAGGUGCGGGAGUGAGUCCUGCACGCUCGCUACUACUUACUACUUCGACGUCGCAUCUCAACCUCUCUUCUGCACGAUUAUUCUGGAUUCUGGCAGCAAAC